AUGUUUAUGAAGAGAAACCUGGAAGGGAUGGGAGUGGGACGGGGGUUUGAAAAUGGAAUAGAAGCAAUUUAUUCUGAGCAAAAAGCUAAAUUGAUAGUAAACAAUGUGGUGACAGAUGAGUUCAAAAUUGAAAAAGGGACACGACAAGGGUGCCCCCUAUCCCCCCUUUUAUUUAUUUCAGUCCUGGAGGUGUUACUGAACAUGAUUAGGAAGGACCGGUUGAUACAAGGAAUACAGGUCGGAGCGAAACAAUAUAAAUUGAAAGCUUUUGCAGAUGAUUUGGUUUUAACAUUACAGGAGCCAGAAUCUAGUACAAAAGAGUAUUAG